ACGGGCUUCCGUAAUAAAUCGAAAAAAAUCUUUUAUGACCUAACUGUGGUUUCGUAUAUGCUGGUCCAAUGCUGGUAAACAAACAUGGCGCUCUCUACAGAACAAAUAUCGAAGUUUGAGAAGGAUGGCUAUUUGUUGGUGGAGGAUUUCCUCUCUGCAGACGAUUGUGACCAGCUGAUGUCAGCCUGUCACAAUCUUGUGACCGACAUGAAGCCAGAGGAACACAACACUGUCUUCACAACUCUGGAGAUGAAGCGGACAUCAGAUGACUACUUCAUGACCAGUGGGGACAAAAUCAGAUUCUUCUUUGAAGACGGAGCAAAAGACAAAGAAGGCAAUCUGAUUGUGGACAAGCACAAAUCUUUAAACAAAAUCGGGCAUGCUCUUCAUGUUCUUAAUCCUGCUUUCCGAAAAGUCACUUUCGAUAACAAAGUUAAGGAAGUAGCUAAGAGUUUGAAGUUGGAAGACCCAGUCAUUUGUCAAAGCAUGUACAUAUUUAAGCAACCAGGAAUUGGUGGAGAGGUGGUUCCCCAUCAAGAUGCCACAUUCCUGAACACCACACCAAUGAAACUGUAUGGACUGUGGAUAGCCCUGGAGGAUGCCACAUUAGAAAAUGGCUGCCUCUGGUUUAUGCCUGGCUCUCAUAAAGAUGGUCUGAAUGGAGGCAGGCAGAUGAUCCGUAAUCCAGACAAAUCAGAGGGUCAGCCCCUGACCAUGUUCACAGCGCCACCUGUCCAAUAUGACAACAGCAAAUUCAUCCCAGUUCCUGUCAAAAAAGGCAGCAUGGUGGUCAUUCACGGAGAAGUGGUUCACAAGAGUGAACCCAAUAAGUCAAACAAGUCUCGGCAAAUCUACACCUUCCACCUGUUUGAUCAAAAGAACACCACCUACAGCAAGCAGAACUGGUUGCAGCCCACAGCUGAGGUGCCAUUUACACCACUGUAUCCAACCACCCCUGCCUAAUGGUGCCUACAUGUACCCACCCAGAUGGGCUCCUCCCCUGAUAACAAGUGGACAGUUAUCACUAUAUAUAGUCAUAAUAGUCAGAGUUUAUGGUAACGCAGUAUCCAGUUUCGAAGCAGUCAGUUUAACUAGUCAUAAUUAAAGUUCAUGCAUUGUAUCAGUCGUGUGACACAUGUUCUAUAAUGACAAGAAAAUCGUCCUGUAAUCAAAUGACAAUUUUAAUUUUGUGUCAAUGAAUUCAACAUUGUAUUCUGCUCAACAUAUUUAUAAGCUUCUUGCAAAAUAUAGACCUAUGUACAUGCAUGUAUACAUAUAUUUGUGUUUCAUAUACCAGUAAUCAUUGGACAAGAUGAAGGGUGAUUAUUCGUUACUAUACUUGCAAAUUGGCUUGUUUUCUGUAACCAUGGUAACUAAUUAAGAGAACAAUAAUUAUUUUUUGAUCUUAGGUAUGGAUUCUUGGGUAAACUGUAUGUACAUCACUUGUGAUUACAUGUACCACGAUAUUUGAAUUGUUUUACAUGAAAUGCAGGAAUAUUUUCAGCUCUAUCAUAUUACUAAUCACUAAUUAUCUUAAGGAGGCUGGGUGGUCAAUAAAUUAACCAUCAGAUUUACCUAAAUUUUUAAAAAUGACGUCUCAAGCUAUAUACAUUAAUUUUGUACAAAAAAUUUCAAAUACAUAACUAUAAGCUUUAAAAUUUUAGCAUUUUCCUAAGUCUUUAUAUGGAACUCUUCUUAUUAGGAGAUGAAUAUAGCCUAAAAAAGGCCACGUGACCAUCGAGCCCUCUUAAGGAGGCUGGAUGGUCAACAAAGUACCCAUGAGAUCUACUUUUAAUUAUUAGAUAUGAUUAUUUUAGCUAUAAACUAUCAUUAAGUAAAGAAAAAUUCUGUAUAAUUUAGCUUUGAGAUUUUCCAUAUCUUCCUAUAGCUAUAUACAAAGCUCUUCUUCUUUCGGAGAUCAAUAAUAGUCUAAAAAUGGCCACGGCCAUCCAGCCCUAAGGUGCUAAUGGGAUAAUUAUUCAUUUUUAUCUCUGUCAGUUAAUUUUAACCUGAUACCAGUGCGUGUAUUUAGUAUUGAUCGAUCAAUUUGUCAAAUAAAUUUUUAUUCUACCAA